AGCUGAUCCGUGCUCGAUGUGAUUUGUCAACUAGUGCUAAUUUGUUUUAAAAGUUUAUCGUUUUUACUACAAGCGAAAUUGAUAAUUAAAAAUUAAUAUUCGCUUACCCUUUGCAGAUCUACCAACUUCUAAAAAUGCUACAACGCGUACGCACACAAUUGCUCCUUAGAAGCCCCCAGCUACAUCGUUAUGCCACGACAUUUGCAGCUGAGAGUAAUGCUACCGGUACCGAGAAAUCGGAAAGUCCACCAAUCAAUGAAACACUGCUGGAUGAGUUUACAAAAGAGUUUCUCCAAAAUCGCAUAGAAAUGUCGCCAUUCCAAAAGCUAUUACUCGGUGUGGGAUCAUCUAUAGCGGCGCUGGUAGAUCCACGAAGACACGACAUGAUUGCCGCUCUUGGCGAAACCACAGGGGAAGCAGCUUUACAGAAUAUCUUACAGACAAUGCAGGCCACAGCGGAAGGCAAGCGCUUACUGGAACACAAGCCACGCAUUAACACACGCACAGUUGAUAUCGAGCGAUUACGUACUUUGCCAGAGAAUACACUCGGACGUGCUUAUGUCAGGUUCUUGGAUGAUAAUCAAGUUACACCCGAUUCGCGCAUGGCUGUACGUUUUGUCAAUGAUCCGAUGUUGGCCUACGUAAUGACACGUUAUCGCGAAUGUCAUGAUUUGGCGCAUACAGUGCUGGGAAUGCCGACAAAUAUGUUGGGCGAAGUGGCCGUCAAAUGGGUGGAGGCUUUGAAUAAUGGUUUGCCUAUGUGCUAUGGUGGUGCAAUAUUUGGCGCGAUGCGACUGCGUCCCAAACAACGAAAGGAAUAUGUGUCACGUUAUCUACCUUGGGCUUUAAAUAAUGGCAGACAAAUGAAACCAUUGAUGCCGGUGUAUUUUGAAGAGCGCUGGGAACAAGAUAUAGAGGAAUUGCGCAAAGAGUUACGCGUGACGAUUUUAAAAUAAAGUGGAUGCUAUAAAGAAAUCCUUAAAUUGCAGUAGAAGGAAACUCUUAACGAAAAUAAAUUUCUGCAUUUGCAAUUUUUUCAGAAA